AUGAAAUAACUCAAAAUUAAUAAUCAGUUCGUCACUUAAAAGAAGAUAUCGUCAGGGUCUUUUGGAAUAGUAAUGUAAGGAAUUGAUUAAAAAAAUGGAAAUCAAGUGGCUAUAAAAAUAGAGAGGCCAGAAAAUGAGCAUUUGCGAUCACUUGAAAGAGAAGUUGAAAUUUUGUCAAGAUUAUCAAAUGUUAGAGGAGUGCCUUAAAUGUUAUAUUAUGGUUGGGAGGAUUCUUACAAUGUUAUCGUCAUGGAAAUGUUAUAAAAAGAUUUAUCCUCAAUCCUAAAGUAAAGGAAAAAGUUGAGUUUAAAAUCUGUUUUCUAACUAUCAAUAGAACUGGUUUUAAUAUUAGAAGAAAUACAUAAAUAAGGUGUACUUCAUCGAGACUUGAAACCAGAGAAUAUGAUGUUGGAUGAAAAAAAUAAGGUGUAUUUGAUCGAUUUUGGGAUUAGUAAAAUUUAUAUUCGCAAAAAUGGGAUUUUAAUGUAUUGUCUUAAAUUAUGCCAAAAAAGCCCUUUUAAAGACAGAGUGCCAUUCGUGGGUACUUCCAGAUAUGCAUCAAUAGCAGCGCAUAAAGGAUAUGAAUUAGGAAGAAAGGAUGAUUUGGAAUCGUUGUUUUAUGUUAUGCUCUACUGUCUCAAAGGUACUUUACCAUGGCAAAACCUAAAGCAUGUACCUGAUGAUUAAAGGACAUAAAAAAUAGGAGAGAUUAAAGAAACUAUCGAAGUGAAAGAACUAUUCAAAGAUUUACCUAAUGAAUUUAUUAAAAUAUAUGAGUAUUUAAGGAAGUUAACUUAUGCAUCUGAACCAGACUAUAAGACCAUUGUGAAAUUGAUUUAAUAAGCAGCUAAACAUUCUAAUAUUUUCUUGGAUUAUAAAUACGAGUGGGAUGCACAAUUGAAUAACUAUGACAAAAAUAUGAAUAGGUAUGGAACAUUGCAAACUGAUGAACUCCCACUGAAGCAAUUUGAAAAAUUUUCAUCCAACUUGCUUAAUUGCAAUAACUUAGCUGCAUAGACUCCAUCUAAAUUUUAAUAAUUAUAGCCUCCGAUAAAUAAAUAAGAAUCUAAUUAGAAUAGCAAUAGCAAUUGCGGCAGUGGCAAUCAGAAUUUAAGCAUAUACAAUUCUAUGGGAAUUAUUUAUUAGAGAUCUAUUGACGAAAUUAGCGAAGAGCUUUAAGAACCGAUUCCAGAUGAAGUGAAAAGUCAGAACAAAAUUUGUUUAAAGACGUUGCCUGAUACAUUGAAAAAACCUGGGACAUUCUUUAAGACAACUUAAUUUGAUGAAGACGAAUAACUUAAAGAAGAUCACUUUUUGUCAGAGAAAUAUCAUAGUUUAAGUGCUUAAGUAACUACUAUUUUACAAAAUCAUAAAAAAUGA